AUGAGGAGAUCCCUCCCACCUGCGAGUUACGAGGCUGGGAUUAACUUUGGGUCACAUAAGCUUCAGUUAAUCGGCACUACUGGAUCAAUGUGGAUCGAGUGCUACUGCGUCGACAUAAUAAACUGGCUGCAUCCGCUUCAAUCUCAUGUUCAAACCACGCCCCAACAGUUGUCAGCAACGAUCGUUCUCCUCAACCCAUCGAGUGCUCUUCCUUAUGCCGUCGUAAUGACCCAUAAAACAACUUCCUCGUUUUUAGCCUCCGAUACUCUCUGUCAUGUUGCGUUUUCUUCUUGCGCCGCCGUCAUUGCAAGAUGCGCGGCGCACCCAUUGGACACCAUAAAGACUCGCAUUCAAUUUGCGUCUUCCACUAGUGGGACCUCAGAACCGUCCCUUGGCCAAAUUCGCUCAACGGUGCGACAAGUACUUCAAAAAGAAUCGUAUUCUGCGCUAUAUCGCGGGCUUCCUGUUGCUCUUGUAUUCAGUGUACCAGCCCUUAGCGUCUACCUUGGCGCCUACGACUAUUCGAAGCAAGCACUUGGGAGAUGGGGGAGACUUGGAACACACGAGUCAAUGAGCGUACAUGCUCUAGCAUCUUGCUAUGCGGAAAUUCUCAGUGGCGCCCUAUGGACACCUAUGGAAGUGCUGAAGAAUAAGAUGCAAGUUCACACUGGAUCUACCGCAUCGAUAUCGUCAGGCGGACAAACGUUGCGGUUAAUUCGCGGAAUCUAUCAACGUGAGGGUAUCCGAGGUUUCUUCAAGGGAUAUUUUUUAGCGUUAGCCGUUUUUGUGCCUUACACGAUAACUUAUUUUGUUGCUUAUGAACAAAUGAAACGACAAGCGGGUCUUGUCCUUCACGGGCGCAGAGUUGUCGAUUCACAAUCAUCUACCCGACAACAACUUCCUUUUGGUGCUUACGUUGUAUGUUCUGGAGCAUCUGGCGCGUUGGCAGGAGCUGUGUCCAAUGCUCUGGAUAUUGUAAAGACACGAGUGCAGGCUAGCAGAAAGUCACAGAGUGCAAUGUCAAUCAUUAGACAUAUGUGGAUACACGAGGGACAGUGGAGGGCAUUUGGCCGAGGUUUGCUGGCAAGAGUACUGUGGGUUACCCCUACUGUAACAUUGUCAAUGAGUGUGUACGAGGUGCUAAAGGACUGGAGAAUACGUCAACUGGCGAGAUAGAUACAUUAGAUGGAAAAGACGUGCAAAAAACAAUGGCUAAGAUGCGGAGGGCCAAGCCUAAAUACAUAUACGAAGAAAUUCACUAAAUAUCCAUAUCAAACCGAUCGUCC